CACCAGUCCACCGCGGCGAAGCUCUCGUUCGCGGACGAGUGCCGCACGCUCGUCGACCUCGGCAGGUACGGCGUCAUCUCCACCUUUGCCAGGGAGCACGGCGGCGAGUACCCCACGGGAUCCAUCGUCGGCUUCGCCUCGGACGACGACGGGCGACCCAUCUUCGCGCUCUCGUCCAUGAGCGGACACACCGGCGACCUCAAGGCGAACGGCAAGUGCUCGCUCACCGUCACCGCGCCCGGGUUCACCGGCGCCGCGGACGCGCGCGUCACCAUCACCGGAACCGUCGCCCCGAUCACCGACGCCGACGACCAAAAGGCCGCCAGGGAAACGUACCUCGCCAAGCAUCCAGACGCCUUCUGGGUCGACUUCGGCGAUUUCUCGUGGCACCGCAUGGACGGGAUACUGGGCGCGAGGCUCGUCGGCGGGUUCGCGCGCGCGGGCGGGGUGAGCGGUGAGGAGUACGCCGCGGGAGCGCCGGACCCGGUCGCGGGGUUCAGCGCGCCCAUCGCGUCGCACAUGAACGCGGAUCACGUCGACUCGCUCGUCGCCAUGGUGGGCCAUUACGUCGGCCUCACCGUCGAGGACGCGGCCAUCGCGAGCUUGGACGCGAUCGGGAUGAACAUGAAGGUGACGAGGGGCGGGGAGAGCUUCAAGAUCAGGCUGCCGUUCACGGAGCCCGCGCGGGAUCGCAAGGCUGUGAAGGAGGUGCUGGUGGGGAUGACGAAGGCGGCG